AUGUCGUCUGCCGACGGAAACGGAAACAAUGAGGAGAGAGAGGCAACGGAAGAGAUUCAAAAGCUGAAAUUGGAGAAAGGAGAGCAGGAAAAAGAAAAAGAAGAAGAGAAAAAAGACGACUCCAACAAAGAAGCGCCCGAGGAAAACAACAAAGAGCCCACCACAUCGAAACCGAAGCGCCAAAAACGCAAGAACCGCGGUCUCAACGGAGCAAACUCGUUAUAUGUGAAACUCGUCAGUCGAGACGAGCAUGAGUUCAUUAUAAAAAGGGAGCUGGCAGAGAAAUCGAGAGUUCUCAAGAACAUGUUGCGCUGUCCGGGAGGAGGGCCGUCGAACAACACCGUGUACCUCCAUAUGAUACCAUCAGGCGUGUUGCAGAAGAUGUGCAACUACCUUAUGUAUCAGAAACAAUAUCUGAAGAAACAAGGAGAAAUCGAGGAGUUUGAGAUUAAGCCGGAAGACGCUCUGGAUUUGAUGUAUGUAGCCGGGUUCUUUGAAAUUUAA